GUGAUCCUCUUCGUCCCGGCCUUUCGCUCUUCACUUUCUUGCUUGUCCUUGUCCCUUCUCCGGGUCUUCCCAAGUCGCUCGCUUGUUGACUGUAGCCACGCUCGCUCUUGACCCUGCCGCUCGCUUCACUCCCGCAACACAACACUGAAGCAACCCGUCUAUCACUGCAAGCAAGAUGAAGACCACUUCCAUCUUCAGCGCCGCCCUUGCCUCUGCGGCCCUCGCCCACGCUCAGGUUCAGUACCAAGACGGCCAGUACGUCUGCGCGCAGGACAACGCCGCCUACUGCGCCGGCGACUCGCUGGGUACCGACAUCAUCAUCCGCUGCAACGGCAAGGUUGGCCAGCCCGGCCGCUGCACCGACAACCUCGCCGGCGAGCCGCCCCUGGGCGUCCAGCCGGCCCUGUGCUGGCAGUCGUCCCCCACGGCCGGCGACGCCGCCUGCGAGAAGAACUGCGUCGUCUACGGCUCGUCGGGCAACUCCAACGGCACCUUCACCCUGCCCGCCAGCGUCUGCACGCCCAGCUACACCGCCACCUCCACCGGCACCUCCCCCUCCUCAUCCGCCUCCUCCGCCUCCUCCUCCCCCUCCUCAUCCAACCCGGUCGUGACCGGAACCAGCGAAACAACCCUCACCACCACCGUCUGCCCUUCCUCCUCCUCCUCCCCCUCCAUCACCGGCACCGCCAGCAGCACGGGGGGUAGCUUCCCCCCUUCUUCUUCUUCCUCUUCCCCUUCCUCGCCUGCGUCCUCCUCGCCAAGCGGCGGCAGCGGUGGCGGCAACUCGACCGUCAUCAUCACCACCGUCACGACGGCGCUGACGACCCCGACGUCGGCGACGACCGGCGCGGUGCAAACCGGCGGGGCGGCGGGGCCGGUGAGGGGUGGGUCGGCGGCCGCGGCGUUGGUGGUGGCCUUGGGGGCGUUUUUGGUGUAGGCUACACUAGUACGUGGUGUAGGGCUGGUUGAGUGAGGGUGGAAGUGACUAGGGUGUUUGAUAGGGGGGAUG